ACAGCAUGUUGUAUUAUAAAUUUUAUGAUUUUAUUGAUUGUGUGUUUUCUUGUAGAAUAUUUUUAUAGUGAUUUCACUGUUUGGGGUAAAAUUAUUAUUGAAAUACACAAAAUCAAGUGUAAUCAAAUGGAAGUCAAACAAGAAAUUAGGGAGGAAACGUGUAAAGUAGAAGUAGUGUAUAAUGACCUGGAUGAUGCUCUUUUGGAUAGCUUUGAAUGUAAAAUUGAGGAGGAACCCAGUAGACAAAGUACACAGGACACAUAUAGUUAUUUAGAAGUACAAGAACAUCCUGUAAAUCCUAAAAUAGAACAACAUGGGAAUAAACUUAACUCAUAUGAAGGAAACCAAAAAACUGAAAAAGGUUAUAUCCAAGAUGAACACAAAAUGGAAAUUACGGAGACACUAAUUGAACAUUCAUCUUACGAAGGAAAUUAUGUGAGUCCACAUGCUGCAGGAACAGCAUUAAGUCAAAAUAUGAAAAUUGCCACUGGAAAAAGGCCUCAUAAGUGCGAAAUUUGUUUGAAGCAAUUUAGCCACUUAAGUUUUUUGAAAACACAUUUGAGAGUGCACACUGGAGAAAAACCUCACAAAUGUGAAAUUUGUUUAAAGCGAUUUAUUCAAGCAGGUAAUUUGAAAAGACAUUCAAGAACGCAUACUGGAGAAAAACCCUACAAGUGUAAAAUUUGUUUUAUGCAGUUUUCGGAAACAAGUGUUCUGACGAGGCAUUUAAGGAUACACACUGGAGAAAAGCCUUACAAGUGCGAGAUUUGUUCUAAGCAAUUUAGUUUAGCGAAAUCUUUACAAACACAUUUGAGAGUGCACACUGGGGAGAAACCUUACACGUGUGAAACUUGUUUGAAACAGUUUUCCGAGAAAAAUCAUAUGAAAAGUCAUUUGAGAGUGCACACUGGGGAAAAGCCUUACACGUGUGAAAUUUGUUGUAAAAAAUUUAGCCACGCAUGUUCUUUGAAAGGACAUUUGAGAGUGCACAACGGAGACACACCUUACAAGUGUGAAAUUUGUUUUAAGCAGUUUAGCCACGCGAGUUCUUUGAAAGGACAUUUGAGAGUGCACACUGGAGACACACCUUACAAGUGUGAAAUUUGUUUUAAGCAGUUUAGAGAAAAAGGUAAUUUGAAUAGACAUUUUAGACUGCACACUGGAGCGAAACCUCACCUGUGUGAAAUUUGUUUGAUGCAGUUUUCCCAGAAAAGUCAAUUGGAAAGUCAUUUGAGAGUGCACAUCGGAGAAAAACCUUACAAGUGCGAUAUUUGCUUUAAGACGUUUUCUCAGAAUGGCCAGUUGAAAGUACAUUCGAGGUUGCACACUGAAGGAAAACCAUCCACAUCUGAAAUUUGUUUUAAACAGUUUACACAACGAAGUAUAUUGAAAAGACAUUUAAAAGUGCACACUGGAGAAAAACCGCACAAGUGUGAAAUUUGUUUUAAGCAGUUUUCCCAGACGUGUAAUUUGAAAAUACAUUUGAGAGUGCACACUAAAGAAAAGCCUUAUAAGUGUGAAAUUUGUUUUAAGCAGUUUUCCCAGGCAGGUCAUUUGAAAGAACAUACGAGGAUACACACUGGAGAGAAGCCUUACAAGUGUGACAUUUGUUUUAAUCAUUUUAGACGACCAAGUUUAUUGAAAAGACAUCUAAGAGUGCACACUGGAGAAAAACAGCACAAGUGUGAAAUUUGUUUUAAGCAGUUUUCCCAGGCAGGUCAUUUAAAAGAACAUACGAGGUUACACACUGGAGAAAAGCCUUACAAGUGUGACAUUUGUUUCAGCCUAUUUUCUCAAGCUAGUGCUCUGAAACAUCAUAUGAGAUCGCACACUGGAGAGAAACCACCCAAGUAGCAAUUUUUCGACGCAUUGGUUGUCAAUACAAACAAAUGCACUGUAUAUAACGUUGCCCGAGAGCAUUUUCAGUUGUUUCGGCCAACGUCCCCUACCCCGACUGACAUUACGAUGUUACAACGUUAAGUAAUACCUUUAGUUAUACGGGCAACUAAUUUAUUACCAUUGUGAUAACUACAUAUCACAGUUCAGUUUUUUCAACAAUCGCAACGACUUAAAAACGUUAUAAUGUUAAACUAAUUUACGCCCUGGCCGACUCUCUAGUUGAGUAGUUGUCUGUCACGACCCUAGGUGUUGUUCUAGGGUUGUUACACGUUUGCGACAACUUCCAGAGAAAAAUAAUUUACUUUAAAACCUUAUUUUUUUCUUAUUAUUAUAUAUUUUAUUUUGAUGGAAAUUUUCGAUCUAUUUAACAACCUGUUUAUUUGUUUUUUUAAUAGCUGGUUUCCAUUCCACUGCCCAUUGUUUUAUCAGUAGAUUCUUUUUAGGCCAUGUAAAUACAGUAUAUACAGUGAUAUCCACAUCCGUCCUAAAUGUCCCAAGAGGAAUUCCACAAGAUUGGAAACCUAAUUAUUCCAAACCACCAAUUGGUAAUUACCAUUUUUUAGCUAAAAUCUACUAAAUCAAAAACUAAAAUAUACUUAAGGAUUUUUGGGAUAUAUUUGGGAUUUUUUAUAAUAAAAACAACAGCUAACUUAAGGGGAUAGGCGCAAAAUGUCGCCUAUUAAAAUGUUCAAUGUAUUUUAAAUGUUUUAAUUUUUUGCGAAUCCUGAGAAAACUAAUAAGUAUUUUUGAAAAAUUUAAACGCAGAAAGAAAGAUUACGUUAUUACCGAGGACCGAAAGUCCCUGAAAACUUCUAUAAUGUUUAUUUUAAUAAGUUACAGGGGUGAAAAAAAGAAAAAAUUUAGUGUGACUUUUAAUUCGAAAUAUCUCAUUCAAAAGAAACGUUUUCGUUUUUCUAAAUAAUGCAGUCUUUCAUUGUGCGUUUAAAUUUUUCAAAAAUACUUAUUAUAGUUUCCUCAUGAUUCGAAAAAAAUUGAUCAAAUUCUGUUGAAAUAAACCAAAAAUCUACUAAAAAAUAUUGCCUACUAGAAUUUUUUUAAAAAAUAUCAAAAAUCUACCAAAAAAGUAGAAAUCUACUAAAUGUGGCAACGCUGUUAAGGAGAAUGAUACACUUUUGACACUGGUCACAUGACCUCUGUCACCCAAUAAGAGGGUGCUUUCUAAAAUGGUUUUGAUAGUCGGCGCGGCCGAAUUUGGUUGGCGAUUGGACUUCUAAGUUGUCUUAUCCAUCUAGGGUUGGUAAUAAGGUAUUUUUUAGUAAUAUUGGUAAUAUUGUUUAAUGCGCCAUUUUGGUUUUACUUGAGAUUUUUGGGAUGUAAAGAAAAUGAAGACACAGAAUAUAAAAAAUGCAGACAUUUUCUGAUACCUUUAAAAGCACCAUCAAUACAUUAAGUUUAUACAGAACAUAUUUAACAUAAAUUUUGACUUUUAUAUUAAAAUUUGAUUUUUUAAUUUGCAUAUUUUUUAUCAAAAAUGUCAUAAAAAAGGAGCGCGUGUGUUUUUUAAAGGUGAAAUAUCCAUAUUUGACGGUAAUCUGAGAUGCGUUUAUAAAUUUCACAUCAGGUAAUAAGUCCUUUAUGUAUUUAUAUAAAUUUAAAUACCCAAUACGAUGUCAAAACAGUUUACUUUUUGGUUUUUGCAUUCACCAUACAGGUGUUAAAAAUAUAGGUAAAAAAAACAUAACCAGUCUGACUCCUUGAGCAACCAUUGCACGCGCAGGGGCUUUUUAUAGUCGCUUCAGUUGUCUUAUGAUGCAACGCUUAUGAGACGAUGUUGCUUAAAUAUAGGAGGUUGUCUAGGCAACGUCAAGACAACUCAAAAAUCGUCCAUCAAAUUAGUGCAGAAUAGGGUCGUCUUCUAGGCAAUAACAACGUUGUAAGAAAGCGUUGCCACGCGGUAGACAACGUUGUCGCGUCGACAAAUUGCUACUUGGGCAUAGGAAUAUGAAAGGUGUUUUAACCCUUUGCACUCGUAUACAUUUUCUAUUGUGAUGACACUCUGCUCAGAUUAUUAUUUUAUCUUCGUAUCUGUCUACUCAGAAUUUCGUUUUAUAUGGGAAUUUUUUUAAAAUGCGUUAAAAUUGCGAAGUAGCUAUUAGUUCAAAACCUCAUGAACCUCGUAAAUACGCAUGCCCGAAAAAAUAAAUGGAACCUAAAAACAUUCACCAUUUUAAUUUCAUAGGAAAUUAGGCGACAGGGUAGGAUUUGCACGUGCUAAAUGAUGUCGAGUAUUUCCAAUAAACAUGACAUAUUAUGUUUCUCUAAUUUUAAAGAAAUUAGUUAGUCAUCGCAUUUUUAUUUUAUCUCACAUUGAAAGAUGUAAUAAAAAUUUACGACUUCCUGUCUUCACUGCCGAUAAAAAUUGCUGUGUAAAAAUGUAAAAUAUUUACAUUGCACUAAUUUGGCUUAUAAAUAAACCUUUUAGGAACUGAAAAAUAUCUAGAGUCUAGAGGUCAAAUAAAUAAAUAACAAAUCAAUGUAUGAUAGAAAAAUAAUAGGAUUUUGGUUUUAAAUUCAGCAAAAUAUGUUUAUAGGAGACGAAAACCUCGAAUUCCUUGGGAAAAAUAUUCCCAUGAAAUUUUUUGCAUAAUAAUCACUUUCAUAAAAUCCCGCAGAAUAAUGUUCAAGAGGUCGCCCAUACAAAAAGUGGUCCUAAUUUAUUAAACAGUUUUGUUUAAAUCCUUUUUUAGGUUGUGAUAAGGGCCUCAAACGGCUAAAAACAAUGUUUUAAAAUCAAAUAAGCCCAAACUAAAGUAUCAGAAACUGAUAGAACAAGGUUUGGUGAAUUCAGAAAUAAUUGUGUUUUUGAGCCUUAAAAAUCAUCAUUUUUGGUUUUUUUAAUUUUUAAAUUAUUUAUAAGUUGAAAACGAUCAACUUUAGAGAAAAAUUACAAUAAACCUUUUUUAUUCAGAAUGAUUAAAAAAACUGGAAAAAAAUUUGUCCGGGCAGAUGAAAUUGAUUUAUACAAUUUGUUUAAAAACAAUUAUUGUUUAAAUAAAUUAGAACCACUUCUGCUGGUAUUAUGUUUUAAGACGAAAUAAGUUAAAUAUAAAGUUAUGAAUUAAUAAUCACAAAAAAAAAAAUAAAAAUAUUAAGCUAUUUCACUAACGCAAAAACUAGUUCGUCUCUGUCUCGCUACGAUAACGCACUGAAGAGAACUACAUGUUUUUAGCAACGCCUGAUAUCAUUGUUUCGUUCGUAGAUCGACGUCACUAAAUGAUUACGUCAGGUCCACGAUAUUAUGAAUUACCAAUACAUUUAUAGUCCAAGAGCUGGGAACGGAUUUUGCUCGUGAUAAGUAAUAUGGUCAAACUAUACAUGGAUAUGUUGAAGUUGUGUACGUACAUGACUUUCCCCUACGGGUGGAAACCAGUGUGGGGGACGAGGGUAGUUAGGGGCCGUUCAAGUAUUACGUAACGCAGGUUGGGGAGGGGGGUCAAAAAUCUUAAAAAAUUGCGUUACGUAAUACGUGAAUGACCCAUUACGGUACAUUAUAUAGGGGGAAGGGGGGUCAAAAAUCGCGUUACGUAAUGCUUGAACGCCACCUUAUAAGGGAUCAAAGUCGCUGUUUUUAUAAAUUUUUUUGGGACGUGCAUUAUCGAGAAUAAGUAGCUCAUGACGUAACUAAGCAAAAUCCCCAGGUGCGGAAACCAGAGUGGGGGACGAGGGUAGUUUUAAGAGGUAAAUGUCGCGGUUUUUUUUAUCUUAUGGCGCCCCUGAUUGAGAUAAUGCAAUAAAAUUUGGUAAUACUAGAUCAUGACGUAACUAAGCAAAAUCUCCAGGGGCAGAACGCUGCGUGGGGGACAACGGGGUGGUGGUCGAGGGUAAAUAUAAGAAUUCUAAGGUUUUUUUGUUACGUUUGUGCUCGAGAUAGUGCACAAAAAUUUAGUAGAUAAUGACGUAAUCCCUUUGCCCACCACUCCUUUAUACCCCACAAAGCAUUCCGGCCCUGGAGAUAUUGCUUAGUUACGUCAAGAUCUACUUAUUCCCAAAUUUUUGCGCAAUAUCUCAAUCAUGAGCGUCCCAAAAAACUGUUAUAUUUGUUAUAUUCACCCCUGCCCAUCACCCCUUUGUCCCCCACGCUGCGUUCCGCCCCUGGAGAUUUUGUUUAGUUACAUUAUGAUCUACUUAUUCCCAAAUUUUGGUGCAUCUCAAUUAUAAGUGUCACAAAAAAAAAUAAGAAAAACCGCGACUUUGACUCCUUAUAACUACCUUCGUCCCACAAUCUGGUUUCCGCCCCUGGAGAUUUUACUUAGUUACGUCAUGAUCUACUUAUUACUGUAAGUAAUUAAAAAAAAACAUGAUAUGCCGCCUAUAGGGCGACAUACGAGUGCAACGUUAAAACGCAUCCUCCCGCCACUACGGCGACAUACGCGUGCAAAGGGUUAAAUGUGUCUUUUGGUCCAUUUAAUUGACGACAAUUUCGUCUUUAUGCAUGAUAAUACACAGCGGCAUACUGCAAGAAUCGUGGUAAAUUACCUGGGCAAAGAAUGGCCAGUCUGCAGCCCUGAUCUGAAUAUCAUCAAACGUCUUUGGAUGAAGAUCAUCGUAGGGUUAGAAGUCGACAAGGCCAGCCAGAAAGUCUUGCAUAAUUUCAAAAUAUGCUUCGAGGAUAAUAUGGACGUAUUCCUAAGUUUGUAUUAAAAAUUUGUUCCUUUCCCUUCCAAAUCGUAUGCAAACGGUUAUUGAUGUUUUAGGGCAUUAGACAAUUUUGUUCAAGUUAAUUCGUAAUUUUUAUGUUUGUAAUUCGUUUCGAUAUUACACUAUUUUCUUUUGUAGCCUUCUAAUUAAAUAAAUUAAGCUAAGAAAUCAAGCAGUAAUGGUCAUUUUUUGUUUUAAAAAUGAAAUAUGUUCAGUAUACAAUUAAUAUGAAGCAGUUCAUAAAACUUUCAACGAAUUUUUAUUUUCGGAAAUUUAUAGGGUGACCACUUUUUUGCUGGUCAGUAUAUUAUUGGUAUUAAAAAAAUAUCUUUUGGAAAACUGCAAUGUUGUGUCAAGGUAGCAAUCCAGAUAUUUAAAGAAUUUAAAUUUUUUUAAAAAACAAAAUUUUAUUUUAGCUGACCCGACGGUCAUUGUCCUGUCUUAGCUAUAUCUAUGAGUCAAAAAAUGAAUAUAAUCUGGGGCGUUUCCGCAAUUCAAUAUAUUAGACCAGGGCAUUUAGCCACAAUAUAAAUAUAUAUUUUUUGACGCAGUUUUCCCAGAAAAGUUAUUUGGACAAUCAUUUGUGAGUGCACACUGGGGAAAAACCUUUCACGUAUGAAAUUUGUUGUAAACAGUUUAACUAAGCAAGUUCUUUGAAAGGACAUUUGAGAGUGCACUCUGAAGAAAAAUCUGACAAGUGUGAAAUUUGUUUUAGGCAGUUUAGUCAAGCAACUUCGUUGAAAGCACAUUUGAGAGUGCACACUGAUGAAAAAUCUUACAAGUGUGAAAUUUGUUUCAGGCAGUUUAGAGAAAAAAGUAAUUUGAAAAGCCAUUGGAGAGUGCACACUGAAAAGAAACCUCACAUGUGUGAAAUUUGUUUGUGCAGUUUUCCCAGAAGAAAAGUCAUUUGAGAGUGCACACUGGGGAAAAACCCGUCACGUAUGAAAUUUGUUUUAAACAGUUUAACUAAGCAAGUUCUUUGAAAGGACAUUUGAGAGUGCACUCUGAAGAAAAAUCUUACAAGUGUGACAUUUGUUUCAGGCAGUUUAGAGAAAAAAGUAAUUUGAAAAGACAUUUGAGAGUGCACACUGAAGAGAAACCUCACAUGUGUGAAAUUUGUGUGAUGCAGUUUUCCCAGAAGAAAAGUCAUUUGAGAGUGCACACUGGGGAAAAACCUUUCACGUAUGAAAUUUGUUGUAAACAGUUUAACUCAGCAAGUUCUUUGAAAGGACAUUUGAGAGUGCACUCUGAGGAAAAAUCUGACAAGUGUGAAAUUUGUUUUAGGCAGUUUAGAGAAAAAAAAGUAAUUUGAACAGACAUUUGAGAGUGCACACUGAAGAGAAACCUCACAUGUGUGAAAUUUGUUUGAUGCAGUUUUCCCAGAAAGGUCAAUUGGAAAGUCAUUUGAGAGUGCACACCGGAGAAAACCUUACAAGUGCGAUAUUUGCUUUAAGAUGUUUUCUCUGAAUGGCCAGUUGAAAGUAAAUUCGAGGUUGCACACUGGAGAAAAACCAUCCACAUCUGAAAUUUGUUUUAAACAGUUUAGACGACGAAGUAUAUUGAAAAGACAGCUAAAAGUGCACACUGGAGAACAACCGCACAAGUGUGAAAUUUGUUUUAAGCAGUUUUCUCAGACAUGUAAUUGGAAAAGACAUACAUACGAGGUUACACACUGGAGAAAAGCCUUACAAGUGUGACAUUUGUUUUAGCCUAUUUUCUCAAGCUAGUGUUUUGUGUCUUUUGGUCCAUUUAAUUGGGGACAAUUUCGUAAUACAUGGCCGGAUACUGCAAGAAUCGGGGUAAAUUACCUGGGCAAAGAAUGGCCAGCCUGCAGCCCUGAUCUGAAUAUUAUCAAACGUCUUUGGAUGAAGAUCAUCGUAGGGUUAGAAGUCAACAAGGCCAGCCAGAAAGUCUUGCAUAAUUUCAAAAUAUGCUUCGAGAAUAACAUGAACGUAUUCCUUAAGUUUGUAUUAAAAAUUUGUUAAAGUUAAUUCGUAAUGUUUGUUUGUAAUUCGUUUCGAUAUUACACUAUUUUCUUUUGUAGCCUUCUAAUUAAAUAAAUUACGCUAAGGAAUCAAGCAGUAAUGGUCAUUUUUUUUGUUUUAAAAAUGAAAGAGGUUCAGUAUACAAUAUGAAGCAGUGCAUAAAACUUCCAACGAAUUUUUAUUUUCGGAAAUUUAUAGGGUGGCCACUUUUUUGCUAGUCAGUAUAUUAUUGGUAUUAAAAAAAUAUCUUUUGGAAAACUGCAAUGUUGUGUCAAGGUAGAAAUCCAGAUAAGAUAUUUAAAGAAUUUAAAUUUUUUUAAAAGACAAAUUUUAUUUUAGCUGACCCGACGGUCAUUGUCCUGUCUUAGCUAUAUCUAUGAGUCAAAAAAUGAGUAGAAUCUGGGCCGUUUCCAGAAUUCAAUAUAUUAGACCAGAGCAUUUAGCACAAUAUAAAUAUAUUUUUUGACGCAGUUUUCCCAGAAAAGUCAUUUGGACAAUCAUUUGUGAGUGAACACUGGGACAGCGCCGGUUUAACCAGGGGACUUUUCGGGGCUGUAGCACCGGGCGGUUGAAGGUUCCCGGGCGGUACGCGCCAAGCGCGUGCUGUUCUGAAAUUAUAUGGUAAUGGUAAAAUAAAAUUUGCAUACAAAUCCACAUGAUUGUUCCACUACUGGAACUAUUGUCAGAAUAUGAUCCAUUUUUAAAUGAUCAUAUUAAUAAACGAGCAAAUUAGGUAAGGGCAAAACGUCAUAUCUAUCAAAAGAUCAGAACAUAUGGAGCAUAUGGAAUUACUGAAUAUUUUGUCCAAUCGAGUCAUUGAUGAAAUUGUUAGACAAAUUAAGGCAAACAAAUACUAUUUUAUAAGUAUAGAUUCAACAGCUGACAUAACACACCAUGACUAACUUACAGUGAUUUUGAGAUAUUGUUACAAUAAAGGGAAUCCCGUGGAAAGAUUCGUGGGAUUUUGUAAAAACACUGCACUGGGCAUAGCUCACAAGAACUUGAGGAAACAGUUAUUGGAAUGUUAAGAGUCUUUGAAAUCAGAUAUUAAGAACUGUAGAGACCAGUCUUACGAUAAUGCCAGUAAUAUGAGUGGCAAGUAUUCUGGUUUGCAAGCACGUAUUAAAAAUUACAAUGAUUAGCUCUUUGUGCUGUGUGCUGCUCACUCUUUAAAUUUGGUUGUCCAAAAUGCAGUAGAUUGUUGUUUGGAAGCAACGUAUUUUUUUAUUGUUUAUUAUAUUUUUAUUUCAAUUAUUCUAAUUGUUUAAAAAGUAGUAAACUUUGUAUCUAGGGCAUUUAGUUGUUUUCCUCGUUUUGCGAGAGAUGUCGCUAGAUUGCGUCUCAAAAGGUGGAAUCAUUGUAUCGCGAUGGUUUCCCUUAAAUAGGCAGGGUUGUUAAUGUUCGCUUUAGAGUUGUGACUGCAUAGCUUCACUGAAGAUGCAUGGGCUGCUGAAAUAGCUAUAUGGAGAUGGUGGUCCAACUCUGAAUCGAAUAAAAACAAAAACUGCCUUUAUUAUUAUGUUUUUAUGUUGGUACAAGCUAUCUACAAUUUUUUCUCCGUGUCGGGGCAGACAUUGUUACCUAAAAGAGUGAAUACUUCUCGUUUUGAUGCCGUAAAAGCGUUAAAAAGCAAUUACGGUUUGAUUGAAAUGUCAACGGAUUUAAAUGAGAAAAAUGUAGUAAGAGUUGAAGCAGCUUCUCUAUCGGAAAAACUUGAUUUGUUGGAAAACAGAACAAUUUUAUCAUUCUGGAUUGACGUUUUACAAAGGUUAAUGAGGUGAAUAAAGCAGUACAAAAGGAAAAUAUGGAUUUAAGCAUAACCGCUCAUCUGGUAUCAUCUUUAGCAGAUUACUUUGAUUUCUUACGUGAUCAUUUGAUCACUACGAGGCCUUAGGAAUGUUGUUAACAGGGAACGAAAAUUAUGCUGAGAAGAGAAUUAUCAAAAAAAUUGCAAUUAGGGGAAAAGAAUUCGGAGGCAAGUUUAAGCCAAACAGAAAAAGUGCGAAUACAAUGUGAUGUGUUUAUAACAGACAAUGUUAAGUCGGAGAUUAUUCGUCGAUGUGAGAGCUAUAAAUCUUGUUCAAAAGCAUUUGAAUUUUUGUUUAAACUAAAAACUCCGGAAGAUGAAGAUAUUUUCAGAUCGGCAACCGAAUUACAACAAAAAUACAAGGAGGAUUUGGACGAGUAUUUUCUCCAAGAAUGUGUUCAUUUAAAGCAUUUGUUAACGUCUCUUCCCCAAUUAAAAAUAGACACUUCAGAAUUGGUACAGGUUUUAUACGAUAAUAAAGUAAUAUCUAUAUUUCCAAACGCGGAUAUUUGCCUGCGUAUUUUUUUUUCCAUAAUGGUCGCAAAUGCAAGUGGCGAACGCUCUCUUUCGACACAAAAAAGGGUAAAGACCUACUUAAGAAAUGCAAUUUCCCAAAAAAUUUAAACUCCUUAGCAGUUUUAUCCAUUAAAGGGGGCCUACUAAAUGAAUUAAAUAUAAAUAAUAUCAUCGAAAACUUCGCUUCAGUUAAAGCAAGAAAAUAAGCUUUUCAAUAGUAAAGGUACUUGAUUACCUACGCCCACCUUAUGUUACCUGUUUGAAUGUUAUUAGGUACAUUUUUAUUUUAGGUUCAUUUAAGUUUUAAACCAAAAAAGUUGUAAUUGUUUUCCUUAUUUUAAUAAAGUGGUAUUCAAAAUAUAUGUUUUGUUGAAUUGAAAUAAAGUUAAGAAAUAUUUUUGAGCCUGGGGGCGUGGCAUCCGUAUCAGCACCGGGAGGCCGACUGUGUUAAACCGGUACUGCACUGGGGAAAAACCUUUCACGUAUGAAAUUUGUUGUAAACAGUUUAACUAAGCAAGUUCUUUGAAAGGACAUUUGAGAGUGCACACUGAAGAAAAAUCUUACAAGUGUGAAAUUUGUUUCAGGCAGUUUAGAGAAAAAAGUAAUUUGAAAAGACAUUUGAGAGUGCACACUGAAGAGAAACAUCACAUGUGUGAAAUUUUUUUGAUGCAGUUUUCCCAGAAGAAAAGUCAUUUGAGAGUGCACACUGGGGAAAACCUUACACGUCGUGCGAUAUUGGUUUUAAGAACUAGUAACUUAAAAACACAUUUGAGAUUGCACACUGGAGAAAAGCCCUACAAGAGUGACAUUUGUUUUAGCCUAUUUUCUUAAGCUAGUGCUCUGAAACAUCAUAUGAGAUCGCACACUGGAGAAAAAAACAGAAAUAUGAAAGGUGUUUUAAAUCUCGUAUUGUUGAAGAGGCAAAGGCAGUUAUGGAAGAGUUAGACGUGGAGAUAAGUGUUUCUCGUCUUAGAGGCGGACAAAGACACAGGGAAACUGCGAUCAGAAUGAUGAUACUGUAACAUAUUGAAGAUUAACUGUUUUUAUUCCAACACUGGACGGUGUUACGACUGACAUGAGAGAACGUUUUGCUGAAGAAAAUUUAUCAUUUAAAAUUCAACAUAAGUACUUUUGCCCUCACAACUACUGAAACAUAACGGUGUAAUCAUCUGACAGAUAAAUUGAAUCUGUGCUCAACUGAACUACCUUUUUUUGAAGAAGAAUCAUCCUUUGUAGUUAAAAAGAGACUAAUGGGAGAGAUUCUUCUAUAAAUACACGCAAACGAGCAUCAACGCCCUUAAUGAGCAUGAUUCUAUUAUGCAAGCAUUGUCUGUUUGUCCUAGAUCUGACUAUUCAACUUUGCAUACGCUGUACAAAAUAUUUGUUUGUCUACAUGUAUCUAUUGCUACAGUACAAAGAAGUUUUUCAACAUUGCGACGUACAAAGACAUCGCUGAGGUCGACAAUGAAGGAGGAACGACUUAAUGGCUUAGCUCUGUUGAACACUCGCCCUGAGAUUGAUUGUCCUAUUGACGUUGUAAUUAACCAAUUUGCCAGGAAGAAAGGAAGAAUAGACGCAUAGAAUUCAUCAUUUAACAAAGAGAAUCCCAAUUGUAACUUUUUUAUAUCAUAAGAUGGCAUUGUCUUAUAAGUGUAUAAUCAGUUUAAAUAAAGCUUUUUUAAACAUUG